AUGGUUCACCAAUUAUCGAUCUGCGUCUUCUUUAUCCUUUUUGCUUUUUCCUAUGGAGGGUCGUUUUCUUACUGCACAAAUUUUAUUUUAACAACACCUUACUUCGAUUCAACGAAUGUAAGGUUCAAUAGCCAGAUAAAUGACGGUAAAUAUGUUACAACACACUAUAACCAAAAAAGUUCUGUAGUAUCACCUGCUGUGAGCUGUUCAUCAACUUAUAUGAAUGCAUAUCAAUGGUAUUUGGAUGCAGAUUAUACUGGAUGCACUUCGUUAAGUGACUUUGGGUUAGGGUUGUGGGUAAACUUUGAGUCAACGAAAGGGACUUUAUUGAUGAAGAUUGGUAAUUUUGGAGGGUACACAAAUACUUAUCAAGUAAACUCAGAUGCUGAUGGGACUUUGAAAUUCACGUUUAAAGUAAUAUCGGAUAAUAUUGACGUUGAUGAUUUUUCCAUAUCUGUUCCAUUGAGUAAUUUUUUAUUCAGAUACUUGGACUUUACUUUUGUUUCAUUGGAUAGACAGCACUUUUGAAAUUUUUAUGCCAGGACAAGCUAUGAUUUCCAAGACAGCAUCUGGUGCUUAUCCCUUUGCCAAACCUGAUAAUGGGGAUUGGCAAAUUGGCUAUGGUAUAAAGGCAAAGAUUUAUCAAAUUUUAGGAUUCAAAUCGGCAACAAUAAAUACAGAUUUUAGUAUUAUUACGUUAUCUGAUGGCACAAACUCUCUCGAUGUAAAAGUAACUUGUCCAACGACUUGUACAGACUCAGCUUGUCAUCCGACUCAAAAAUGUCUCAGCCAAACAAGCGACUGUUCUAAUUGUGAUACAACUGGGUGCUUGGCAUGCACCACAAACACUCGUAACAAGGCAACUUACUGCAAUAUCAUCACCUGCGCUGCACAUUCUGUCUGCUCACCAGUUGGUGACUUCAUGGCAUGUGAGCAUGGCUAUUACCUUUAUAAACCUUUAUCUGGAGAUGCCGUUUGUACCCGUAAUUUUUAAUUUAGAAUGCAAAGACUCAUGCACUUCUUGCGAUAAAGGUAAAGGUUGCUUCCAAUGUGCUGAUGCUAUUGCAAAAGAUGGGACGACUUGCAGAGUCGAUUCUAUUGGCUAUUAUGUCAGUCUUGAAGGCACAAAUAUCAAAAUUGAUUUUGGUAGUCCUCUUGUAUCAGCUUUAAAUAUUGUCUCUCUUACAGCUAAGUCAAGUCAAGGUGUAGCAAUUGAUACAUCUCAGUGGACUGUAAAUGCAUGCGCUGUAGGAGCAACAAGCUGCACUAUCGUGACUAACUUGGAUAUCAAUAAACUACCAAUCACUUAUGACUUCGAGUUUGCUCAAGCCUAG